UGGUACGACAGGAGGAGAGUGAGGUGGCGAGUGGUAGGAGCGGACUGCUACGAGAAGAAGUGACUCUUUAACCGUGUCAUUUCUCACCAGGACACGAUUCCUGUACUUCGAAGAAGGUGCUACUUUCAUUGACAAGGUCCUGUGCUAGCCAGCGCUGCCAUGUCGGCGAAAGCCAUCUCAGAGAAGACAGGAAAAGAGUUUGUAUAUAAGUAUAUCUGCACCUCAGCACCCGUGCAGAACCGCUUCUACUGUGCCAGUGUAACCACCGAGACUGACUGGGACCGCCUCAUCCAGGAGCACCCAUGGCUGUCGACAAUGCGGCUGGUGGUGAAACCAGAUCAGCUGAUCAAACGGCGGGGGAAGCUCGGGCUGGUGGGCAUCAACCUGGACCUGCAGGGUGUCCAAGAGUGGGUCAAAGCCCACAUCAUGAAAGAGACAUCUGUGGGAAAGGCAAAGGGCGUGCUGAAGAACUUCCUCAUUGAGCCAUUUGUUCCACACGCGCAGGAGGAGGAGUUUUAUGUGUGUAUCUAUGCCACACGUGAGGGCGACCAUGUGCUUUUCCACCACGAGGGCGGAGUGGAGGUGGGUGACGUGGAUGCCAAGGCCCAGAGGCUGAUGGUUCCAGUGGAUGACAAGCUGAGUGAGGACCAAGUCAGAGAGCAGCUCCUCCUACAUGUUCCAGAUAAUCAGAAAGAAGUCUUGUCCAAUUUUAUCGUUGGCCUCUUCAACUUAUAUGAGGACCUCUACUUCACCUACCUUGAGAUCAACCCCCUUGUCGUCACCCAAGAUGGAGUGUACAUCCUUGAUAUGGCUGCCAAGAUUGAUGCCACAGCAGAUUACAUCUGCAAGGCUAAAUGGGGUGAUGUGGAGUUCCCACCACCUUUCGGCAGAGAGGCCUAUCCAGAGGAGGCCUACAUAGCUGACCUGGAUGCAAAAAGUGGUGCCAGUCUGAAGCUGACCCUGCUGAACCCUCGUGGCAGGAUCUGGACCAUGGUGGCCGGAGGAGGGGCUUCAGUUGUCUACAGCGACACCAUCUGUGACCUGGGUGGGGUGGAUGAGCUGGCAAACUAUGGUGAAUACUCUGGCGCACCCAGUGAACAGCAGACCUACGACUACGCAAAAACCAUCCUCUCUCUUAUGACACGGGAAAAACAUCCUCAAGGGAAAGUGCUGAUCAUCGGAGGAAGCAUUGCCAACUUCACCAAUGUAGCAGCCACAUUCAAGGGCAUUGUCAGGGCAAUCAAAGACUACCAAGGUCCUCUCAAAGAGCACGAGGUCACCAUCUUUGUUCGACGUGGUGGACCCAACUACCAGGAGGGGCUGAGGGUGAUGGGGGAAGUAGGGAAGACCACAGGUAUUCCUAUCCACGUGUUUGGUACUGAAACCCAUAUGACGGCUAUUGUUGGAAUGGCCCUGGGUCAUCGGCCAAUCCCUAACCAGCCCCCGAUGGAUGCACACACCGCCAACUUCCUCCUCAAUGCCAGCAACAGUGCAGUGACUCCAGCUGCCACAAGGACAGCUUCAUUCUCUGAACCCAGGACAUCUAAUGAUGUCACCCCAGCGAAAAAGUCUAAAGCAGGCCUUCCAGCAGACUGUCUUCAUUCUAUACUGUGGCCUCUGAAGAAUGUGGUCACAGGCGAUUGGAAAGAAGCACAAGCCUCUUCAGGCUGCAGCGGAGCGAAAGCCACCACACUCUUCAGAAAACACACCAAGGCCAUUGUCUGGGGCAUGCAGACACGUGCCGUGCAAGGCAUGCUGGACUUUGACUACGUAUGCUCCCGGGAGGAACCCUCUGUGGCAGCCAUGGUCUAUCCCUUCACUGGGGAUCACAAGCAGAAGUUCUACUGGGGCCACAAAGAAAUCCUGCUGCCAGUCUAUAAGAACAUGGCCGAUGCCAUGAAGAAACACCCAGAGGUGGACGUCUUGAUCAGUUUUGCCUCACUGCGCUCAGCCUUCGACAGCACAGUGGAGGCCAUGCAGUACCCACAGAUUCAUACUAUAGCCAUUAUAGCUGAGGGCAUCCCUGAAGCACAGACGAGGAGGCUGAUCAAGAUGGCUGAUGAGAAAGGCGUCACAAUCAUUGGCCCUGCCACGGUUGGUGGCAUCAAGCCAGGCUGUUUUAAAAUUGGCAACACAGGUGGCAUGCUGGACAACAUCCUGGCUUCCAAACUUUACCGUCCUGGCAGUGUGGCAUAUGUGUCUCGCUCUGGGGGCAUGUCCAACGAGCUGAACAACAUCAUUUCCCGCACCACAGAUGGCGUCUAUGAAGGUGUGGCCAUCGGAGGAGACAGAUAUCCAGGCUCCACCUUCAUGGACCAUGUCCUUCGUUACCAGGACACUCCAGGGGUCAAGAUGAUAGUGGUACUGGGAGAGAUUGGAGGCACAGAGGAGUACAGGAUCUGCCAGGGCAUCAGAGAGGGCAGGAUAACCAAGCCUGUGGUGUGUUGGUGUAUUGGAACCUGCGCCACCAUGUUUGCCUCAGAGGUCCAGUUCGGCCAUGCCGGAGCCUGCGCCAACCAGGCUUCAGAAACAGCAGUGGCCAAGAACCAGGCUCUGAGGGACGCUGGAGCUUAUGUUCCUAAGAGCUUUGAUGAGCUGGGGGACGUCAUCAGGACUGUUUAUGAUGAACUGGUGGCCAAUGGUACCAUCGUUCCUGCCCAGGAGGUUCCUCCCCCAACAGUACCUAUGGAUUACUCUUGGGCCAGGGAGUUGGGACUGAUCCGUAAGCCAGCCUCAUUCAUGACGAGCAUCUGCGACGAGCGAGGCCAGGAGCUCAUCUACGCUGGCAUGCCAAUCACAGAGGUCUUUAAAGAGGAGAUGGGUUUAGGAGGAGUGUUGGGCUUGCUGUGGUUCCAACGCAGGUUGCCUCGUUACGCCUGCCAGUUCAUUGAAAUGUGCCUGAUGGUGACUGCGGAUCACGGGCCCGCUGUCUCUGGUGCACACAACACCAUUGUCUGUGCUCGUGCUGGCAAAGACCUUAUCUCAAGCCUCACCUCUGGCCUGCUCACCAUUGGGGACCGCUUUGGAGGUGCUCUGGACGCAGCUGCAAAGCAGUUCAGUAAGGCCUUUGACAGCGGUAUGCUGCCUAUGGAGUUUGUCAACAAGAUGAAGAAGGAUGGGAAGCUGAUCAUGGGCAUCGGCCACAGGGUUAAAUCGAUCAACAACCCAGACAUGCGGGUUCAGAUUCUGAAGGACUUUGUUAAGCAGCAUUUCCCUUCCACCCAGCUACUCGACUACGCCCUUGAUGUAGAGAAAAUCACCACCUCAAAGAAACCAAACCUGAUCCUGAACGUAGACGGUUUUAUUGGCGUUGCCUUUGUGGACCUGCUCAGGACGUGUGGUGGCUUCACACGAGAUGAGGCUGACGAGUUUGUGGAGAUUGGUGCACUAAAUGGGAUCUUUGUCCUUGGCCGGAGUAUGGGCUUUAUUGGCCAUUACCUGGACCAGAAGAGGCUGAAACAGGGUUUGUACCGCCACCCGUGGGACGACAUCUCCUAUGUGCUUCCUGAACAUAUGUCCAUGUAAUCCCCACAACACAGAAUGGUACACACUUCCUGUUGUGACUGUUCAUCUCACUUAACGCAUUUGUUUUCUUUGGAUAUGACAACAGCUGCCUUUGGGGGGUAAAAAAGGAAGCAGGACAGCUCUGGAAAGUAGAAGUAUGGUCUGAUUGAGGGAUCUGGGUAAAAGUUUUCGAUCUAGUUUUUACGGAGAAAAAGGGGAAGUUUAUUUUUAGAUUUAGUUUUUGAAAAAUUAUUUAAAAAGUCUGAGACGUAAGUUAUUCAGUUUUGAACAAAGAGCUAAACCAAUGCAAACAACACAAUUGGGAGCACAAAAUCAAUCGGUACUAAAAAAAAAAAAAACACCUAAGAUCUGUUUUGCAUAGUUGGUACGAGGGCAGGAUUCAAAGCGCAUUCAAACCUCACUGUUACUGAGUGUUAUUAGUUAAGAUGCAGUAACAGCUGCUGAUGUGAAAUUUGCUCAAGCUCAGCAAUACAGUAAAAUGUCUUUUUUCUAUAUUACAAAAAUUAACCAUCAUUUAUUUUAAUCAGCAUUUGCCUGUUUCUACAAGAAGGGGUGCUUAAGCAUGCUUUCUAGCUUUCUGAGUAUUGCACCUUAGUUUAAACACUAGCAAGUCUAGAUCUAAUUCAGUUAAAUAAAUCUAAAUCAGUUUUGAAAUUCCUCCUCCAAGUUUCACUCCCACUGAGAAAAGUCUGUGUCAUCACAAAAUAAGCCAAAGUUAUUUUUAGGAAUUUGUUGUCUUUGUUAGAAGAGAAAAACAGAGUCCAGUGGAAGAUAUUACAGAGUUUAUCAAGAUCUUACGUUUUGAGAAGAAGGCAUCGUAUUGGGAUAAAAGAAUUAAACAAAUAAGCAAUGAUUAAAGCGUCACUCCACCAUUGCCUUUCCUAUCUACAACCCUGUUUACAAUCCCGGUUGUAGACGAGUGGUUGAAAUUCAUCAGCUACUGUAAAUUAGAUGCAGUGUUUGAGGUGUUCAAGUCUUUUACACUAAAUACAAAUUGCACUACUUGUGUUGUUAUUCGGAAUAAUGGUGUCAGGAUAGGAACAGAAAAAUGUAGAAGCAUCAAAAGGGGGACAAACAAAAUGCUUCAUGAAUGAGCCCAGUGAGUCUUGAAAGCAUCUUUUGGCGAGGGACCAUGAAAGCCGUUUGCUUUAUUUAGGGAAAUGAUUGCACAUGAAACGGACGUCAGCUCUGUAAAAGAAGUGUUCACUGAAGACUUGACUCAAAACGCUUUGUAACUCUCCACUGUACGGCCUGCUGUGUUUGAUCUUUGUUUGCUAUUUUUAUUUAACUGUGAAAAUAUGCUUUGUUUUUGUAAUAUGCUGUCAUAUAGUAGUAUAAUAUUAAAGAAACUUAUUGUUUUAAUUUUCA